GCUCUGGCGGAACUGAUGAAGAGAGUAAACAAAAAAACACUGGCAGCUUGGGUUUCUCCUCAACACGGGAUCUGAAAGCUGCGAAAAUGACAAACGUGUACUCUUUCGACGGGGUUCUUGUGUUUGGGCUUCUUUUCAUCUGCACGUGUGCUUACCUGAAGAAGGUCCCUCGUCUGAACAGCUGGCUCUUGUCUGAAAAGAAAGGUGUCUGGGGAGUCUUUUACAAGGCUGCAGUAAUAGGCUCGCGGCUCCACAUUGCUGUGGCCGGGUCCUGUAUGUGUAUGGGAUUUUACCUGAUUUUUCUGAAGUGACCUGGAGGAAUCGCUCUCUUUGGACACUGGACUAUGAACACCAGUGAGAAUUCAGUGCUGGCGAGUAUCAUCGGCUACAGGAGAGAGACAACUCCACCUGCGGUUUAGCACCAAUUUAAAGUGCCCCCCUAUUAUGGGCAACGAAAGGUUCAACAGGUUGACAUGCAUGCAAGGACAAAAAAACACUUUCACUGUCUUAUAUGCACUUAUUUUUAUCUUACUUCCUCAACGAUUCCCAAACGAUUUGCUCAACAAUUAAUUUUUCCUACCCCGUCCUGUGUGUGACACUAAUCUGCGGUGAUUGGUCAGCUUGGUCUCAUUUUCAUGUCAUCAUGUCUGUAAUGGAUGAUAAAGCAGUGUUUGUGAGCGCAGUGCUGCUGUGUUUUACAGUGUUACUGGUGAAGCAGCUGUUUUUACCGCUCCAAAAGCGCCACCUAGUGGCAAAGAAUGAAUUUGCAUUUUCAUUCAGACCAACGAGAAAAGACCAACAAGUGAGCGGGGAAUAUAUGCUUAUAUUUCAUGUUGACUUCAACAUA